CCGCCCACUUGUAACGUUCACCAGAGGAGAACACUUGACUUCUCACUCAGCAGCACCAUGCACAACAGAAAACAUCUGUAAUAAUUAAUAAUCAUGACUUAUGGGCGCUCGCCGAGGAUCAUCUCCACUUUUUAAAGAGUCCGACAUGGAGGCCGUGAGCGCAUGGAGCCCUCAGCAAGUCCUAGACUGGAUGAGAGGCCUGGACGACAGCCUGCAACAAUACCUCCCGGCCUUUAGGUGGCGGCAGGUGGAUGGGGAGACGCUUCUGAAAAUGACACACCAGGAACUGAGCACGCUGAGCGUGCUCAAGGUGGGCCAUCAGGAGCUCAUGCUGGAAGCCGUCGACCUGCUCUGUGCGCUGAACAACGGCGUGGAGUCGGACAAGCUGAAGACGCUGGUGGGCCGGAUGAGGCUGGCUCACCGCGACCUGGGCGGCGCCGUGUCGCAGCGCCGCAAGAACCCCGCCUACGGCAGCAGCAGCGCCGCCCGCCGGCCUUCCAACGACUUCCUCACCGCCGUGGUGGAGCUCAUCGCCGCCGCCAAGAGUCUGCUGGCCUGGAUGGACAGGACUCCCCUGACGAGCGCCAGCGACUUCACGUCCACGAAAAGCAACAUCGUCCAACUGUGUCUGGAGCUCACCUCCACCGUCCAGAAGGACUUCACCGUUUAUGAGAUAGAAGAGAAGAGCCUGGAAGUGUCUCAAGCUCUAAACAGCCUCUGCGAGAAGACAGCCCAGAUGACCUCCGACCCGUCCAAUAGCGACCAUUCGUGCGUGGAGGAAGUUCACAUCUGUAACAUCAAGCCCGGUGAAGGCCUGGGCAUCUACAUCAAGUCCACCUACGACGGCCUUCACGUCGUUACAGGAACCACUGAGAACUCCCCAGCAGACAGGACCAAGAAGAUCCAUGCCGGAGACGAGGUGAUCCGAGUCAACGAGCAGACAGUGGUGGGCUGGCAGCUCAAGAACCUGGUGGCCAAGUUGAGGGCAACGUCGGGCGACGUGCUUUUGGUGUUGAAGAAGAGGCCGUCGGAAACCGCCGGCGCCUUUGCCGCGGCGCCGCUCAAGAACAUGCGCUGGAGGCCCCCCCUCGUUCAGGCGUCAUCGGGCCUCCCCAGAUGGCGUCUACCUUCGGAGACCCCUGCCAAUGGCGGCAAGACGGCCAUCUUGGAUCUGCGCAUCCCCCCUCCCUCCAGCGCCCAUGAGGCCAAGGCACCAUCGAGGUCUCCUCACUCCUGUCUGGAUGCUGAGGCAUGCGGCGCUGCCAGAACCCACGUCGACAACGCUCCUCAAGUCCAUCUGCCCAUCCCAGCCCCGGUCCCCAUCCCGGCUCCAGUCCGACUCCGACAGCGCCACGGUGGACGCGGUGCAGGUAAACCUCGACCCAUGUCCAUGCCGGCCGAGGUUCUCUCGGCCGUGUCUUGCCGGCGCGGCGGCGCUCCGGGAAGGAACGGAGGAAGCCACCGUCUUCAGCGCUACCUGAGCAACGACGGCAUCAGCAGCAUCACUGAAGAGAAGGGCGACGAGGAGCAAUGCUUCCCGCUGCCGUACCGCCGCCAACCGUCCAUCCGCGGCGUGGACCACAUCCGGGGCAGCCGCUGCUUCAUCAGCGCCGACUUGCACAACAGCGCCACCAUCCCCUUGGAGGAAGCGGCGGCCAAGAAAGAGCCCGCCGCCGCCGCCGCCGCCGCCGCCGCCAGUGGGAAACAGUCGACGUCGCUGCUCGGAGGCUGGCUGGCUCGCCUCAGGCUGCUCAGCCAUUGACGGACACGGCAGGUUUUGAUUGACCGCUCUCUGGGCAUUUAUGAACCUUUUUCGGGAUGUGCCAAAUACUGAUUUUUGAUUUUAUUUGAUCUAUUGUUCUACGUGCUGAAAACCUCAUUGAGUUGAAAUAGGUUCCUUCCCACGCUAUCAAUAUAUUCUGCAAUAUAUCUAUUUUUUUACUGUAAACAUCUUUUAAGCUCAUUUUUACUCAGGACAAAGUUUCUAUACACAAAUUGUUUCAUUUUUGAGUUUCAUUUGCAGAAUGGCACCUAUUCUGUUCCCAUUAACGCACACUAGACGGCGCUGUUGUAUCGUUUAUUAAAAGUGAAGUGACGCUGACGUCA